GACGACUUGUACCAAACAGGCUUCCGUACCUCAGAGGUUUGUUGUUAGCUCAUUAGCCGUUAGCAUAGGUCGUUAGCUUCUUUUGGCCAUGAGAUUGUGUUAGCCGUUAGCUUCUGUUAGCCUCGCCUCGUAAAUAUCGUGUGUGUAGGCCGGUAGUUUAUCUUAGCAAUUAGAUUCAGUUAGCAUCUUUGAGCUGCGAGCUUCAUUUAGCAUAUAGCUGCUAGUAGCUUCUGUUAGCACAACACGAGGAUAGAAGAGCACCGGGAGCACGUGACUCUGUAUCAACACCGAGCUGGAGAUGUCUCCCAGGCCGCUGAUGAAGAGGCUGAUGAAGGCCGUGGUCGCUGUGGAGCUGCUGGGACUCUGUGGGGCUUAUGGUCUGUUUCACAAGAUGAACGACAGCAGAGACUUCAGGAACACGGUGAACAGACGGUUUCCCUCGGUUCUGGAAGUUUACUACCAGUCCAACGAGUGGGCGGGGGUGAACGGGAUCCGAGAGAGAGACCAGGAGGCCUGGUCGGCCAAACAGGACUGAACCCCCCCCCCCGCCCCCCCCUCUCUAUGAAGUCCUCCUCUCCGGUCACUUCUUCCUCUUCCUGUUCCCGAACGUCUUUCCUCCGGUCCUGGCCCGGCCGGCCGUCGUGGUCCGGUUCUUGUUGAACACGGUCUUCUUCUUGCGGAGCGUCUGGGCGUCUCGCCCGUGGAUCCAGUCGUCACGCUGAGACUCCCACUUCAGCUGCUUCACACCUGCAGGGACCGGGUGUGAGAGGAGAUGUCAACACAACCUCAUCACAAACUGAACAACUCGACCCACAACAAGCUGCUAACGUCCAUUUAAUAAAGAUAAUAACUGUUUGAAUUCAAGUGUAAAUGUGCAUUUACAGUCUCGGCACACUUUAAGUCCACAUUUAUAAUUAUUCAAAUUGAUGUUGCAGGAUUUUACUGAUUAAUAUAAUCUAAAGAAAGUUGAUUAAAGCAUCAAUGUUGGACAUUAAGUAAAAUAUGAAUAUGUUGUUUUGAUGUAAGCUGCACAUCUUGAGUUUGACAGGAUGUGGUUGAUUUUCUCUGUGGAGAAGUUAUUAAAAUCAGCUGGUGUCCAGCAAACUGAAGACAA